GCGACAAAAGUUCCCAAGAAGAUGAGAGUUCCUGUGCCGAAGCUAGUCCCCUAACCUUUCCCGAUGCUACCCAAGGCGUCCCAGAUCAAAAGUCUGGUCCUGAGCAAGGAGUAUCUCGAUGAAUUCGGGGAUGCCCCUUUCUGCAAGUUCACAUCCCCCAUUGGUGAAUCUUCGAUCGUCGAUGGAAAAUUCAUGUACAGGUUGUUCGGGCACUGCAAGAUGCUGGAGGCUAACACCAUUGAUCUCAUAAUUUCCUAUUGGAAGGGCAGCCCAUACAUGAAACAUCUGUUUGAUUCCGGGGACCAUGUUUUGCUUGGACCUUUUGCCAUCACGUACAUGCUUGACGUUUCCUCGUUCCCGCCCGUGGAUAGCAAAGGCAACAAGAUUGAAAGGUCUCCAUUUGAUGUGAAGGAAGCGGCUAAAAUGUUCAGUUAUUAUGUGAGGGAAUGCGAGAACCUGUUGAUGGCAAAUGUGUCCUGAUUCCUCACUUCAAGUCGUCCCACUACACGAUUUACGGGCUUAACAGGAUUACCGGUACAUUUGACAUUUUCGAUACAAGAAGAUAUAAAGGUUUUCAUAUCACCAGGGGACAACACCACGAAGAACGUGUUGAAGUUGCGAGGAGACUGGUUGCUGUGAUGAAGGAGGUGUACGGGGAAGAAGAGUACAACAAGAAGAAUCAUUUCGACUGGGUGGCACUCGCAGAGAAGUGCAACUACGUGCAGACACCCGAGCAGGGGGCUAACGAGUGUGCUUUCUAUGUCUUGAAGCUGGCCACCAUACUUGAUGGAGAGAAGUUUGUUGAGAAGAUAAAGUCAAAAGAUGUUAGUAAUUUUUCUCACCCUUUUUAUCUUAUCACCAGGAUAUUAUUCUAAGAUGUUUUUACUCUGAGGUUUUUUGUUCCUUUUUCUUUUUCUUUUUUGGCAUGUGUUAGCGACGUGUAGAGGACUGGAAGGUAGAGUACAUGUACCAGGUAAUGUACCACCCGAAGAAUGAACUCUCUCCUGCUGACUGGCCAA